AUGACUAAGAAGAGAUCACCACCACCACCGCCAACCCCACCAGCCAGUGACAUUAAAGAAGAUGAGCUUAGCACUACAUUCUCUUCAACAGGAGUAUUUGCUGCUGCUUGUCCUGGCUGCUUGCUAUAUGUGAUUACAUUGAAGACAAAUCCCAAGUGCCCUACUUGCAACUUCAGUACUGUUCCAUCUCCAUUAUCUACAGAGAAGGUAUACUCGCAGAGAUGCAAUUCUGUAAGCUCGUCAUUACCAUCCCUUAACAUCACGAAGCAUCAUCACAAACAGAGAACCACCCAAGAAUCAGAGGUUCAAGAUUCCAAGUCUCCGCCAUUGAGAGAGAGACCACCACCAACCCCACCAGCCAGUGACAUUAAAGAAGAUGAGAUUAGCACUACAUUCUCUUCAACAGGAGUAUUUGCUGCUGCUUGCCCUGGUUGCUUGCUAUAUGUGAUUACAUUGAAGACAAAUCCCAAGUGCCCUAGUUGCAACUUCACUGUUCCAUCUCCAUUAGUUACAAAGAAGCCCAGAAUUGACCUCAAUGCUUCACUUUGA